ACCGCGAGAUCACGACCUGAGCUGAAGUCGGACGCUCAACCGACUGGGCUGCCCAGGCGCCCCUACACUUGCCUUAUUAUCCCUAUUCUACAGAAGGAGAAACUGAGGGUCAGGCUACAAGCAGGUGAGCCAUAAAGCCAGAACUUGGACCUGCUCACCCACAGUCCUCGCUGGUGGAGACGUCUGUUGCCACCGCCCCCACCUCACAGGUGGGAGAAGUGGCCCCGGGGAGGCCCGUCCACAGGCCGGCAGUGGGACGGCGUGCACCCGGGACUCAGGUCCUCCGCCUCCAACCGCCAUCCCGCAGCCCCAGCCCCCUUGCCAUGGCACCGACCACUGAUGGUUCCCACCCACCCAUUAGAUGCCGUUAAAGGAUGGUCAGGAGGGUCCCUGGGGGGCUCCCGGAAGCCCCGGCUGCAGAUGCAUGGCCCCUCCCCCAGGAGCCGUUCCAGAGCCCGGAGCCCAGCCGGCCUCCAGAGAUCGGGGACCUAAUUCAUCCCACAAGGCCCGCGGAUGUGAGGCAGCAGCACAGAACUUCAUCCUACCCGUCCGCCGGGUGAUGCCUCCUUCCUGCCGCAAACACCCACCGCGUGCCGGGGCCCCUGCUUACCUUGGGGACACUGCGACACGGAUGGAAGUCCCCGGCCCCCGCCCUUGGCAUCUCACGGUCCGGGACACAGGCUGGAAGGAGGUGGUCGGGCCUCCCCUGGGCCGAGCAGGGGUUCCACAAGGCCAGACCCCCGGGCCUCCGCCAAGGAAGGGCAGCGUCUGUGUCCCUGGAAGUCUCGGCUCACCCAAACGUCACCAGGAGAGUCCGGACACAUUGCCUGACCGUGACCUCGCACCCACCUUCCGGCCUCCGGCUUUGCCGUCCACACCCGUCCUUUCCCGUCUCGCAAGCCCAGGUGCCCGCAUGUGGGCCACACCGCCUCCUCUGAAAUGCCCAGCCGUGGUGGAUGAUCGCCUCUGAAUAAUUUAACAGGUAUUGGCUUAUUGAGCAAGACGGACUCUUGACGUCAGGGGUGGAAUGUUCUCGGGGGAGAGCCCUCCAUUUCCAGGCCAAGUGUUGCAAGAGUUCAA